GGGAGAGGAGAAGCCAUGUACAGGAGAAAGAUGAGAGGCAUGUAUAUCUCUAAGAGGGCAUUAAGGAAACACUUUGACCCCUGUGAGUGUCCGAAUGAGACGUACCUGCUGUGCCAGCUGCAGUGGCGUGGGAGCAUCAAGUUUUGGCAGCACUGGCUCAGAAACGACGAUUAUAACGAUUGCCAUGCGGAGCAGUUCUUCCUGGAGGAAAUCUUUGAGCCAAGAAGCUACAACAUCUGUGACAUGACGUGGUACCUGUCCUGGAGCCCCUGUGGGGAGUGCAGUGGUGUGAUACGGGAUUUCCUGGAGGAGCAGCCCAAUGUGAACAUAGACAUCCGCGUGGCACGGCUCUACUACGUCAAAUAUCUGAGCAACCGCAUGGGCCUGAGGCAGCUUAACAACUUGCAGGGAGUGACCAUUAAAGCCAUGGAAGCCAAAGACUAUGAUGACUGUUGGGAGACCUUUAUACAACCAGGUGUCAACUAUGAUUUCUCGCCCAAGAAGUUUAAAUCAGAGAUACAGAGGAAUCGUUCGAGGCUCGAGGAUAUCCUUCAGGGGCUUGCUUUCAGCUUCAGCCAGCUGGAUAGUACAAGAAUAGAAACUGAAACUAACAUAAGACUUAUAAAGGCACACCAGUCUCCCAGGAAGCAAUACACGAAUCCAGAAAUACCCAUGGCUGCUGUCGGUGCCAGAGAUCCCUCAUCCAGAGAGAACAACCAUGGGUGGAAGAUACAACCAGGAGACUUCCAAAGAAAUUAUUCACCCAGACAAAACGGACGGAUGGUGUGCCUGCUAUAUGAAAUCAGAUGGAGAAACUGUUCCAUCUGGAGGAACUGGUGUACGAACAAUACUGAGCAACAUGCUGAAGUCAACUUCCUGGAAAAUCACUUCAGUGACAGGCCACAAAUUUCUUGCUCCAUCACCUGGUUCCUUUCAACUAGUCCCUGUGGAAAGUGCUCCAGAAGGAUUCUGGAAUUCCUGAGGUCACACCCUAACGUGACCUUGGAAAUAUAUGCAGCCAAGCUGUUCAGGCGCCACGAUACCCGUAACCGACAAGGACUCCGCAACCUGAUAAUGAAUGGAGUCUCCGUGCAUAUCAUGAAUCUUGAAGAUUACAGGUACUGCUGGAGAAAUUUUGUUGCAUACCAAGCUGGAGAAGAUGACUAUUGGUCCCAGAACAUCAAUGUACACUUCAUUCUGAAUAGCAUAGAAGUGUUACAUAUAUUUUUGGGGCUUCCUCCAUUUCUGGCAUACUGAGUGCUAAUGAGCAUCACCACCAUGCUUUCAAGCUCAGUUUGUGCAUCUAUACAGGACCAGAAACACCAGUCCCUGGCAGUCUUUUCUUCUGCAGCCUUGCUAAGUUUCUUGCUGCCACCAGAGAAGACUCCUAUCACUGUCUGGGCAUUGCUAAGUAUUGAACAGAACAGAAGGAGCACAUGAGAAGCCAUCAGGAAGCUCGGAUGAUGCAGCCAGGCACCCAGGACAUUCUGGUCUUUACAGACCUUUUUGAGAGUCCAGUGGGAUGGAGACCAUGCCCCAUAAUCAGGCCUUCCACAACUGCAAUCAGAUUCUGCAAGUUGAGAGGCCAGCAUGUAACAUUUUUCAUACUCUGAUCUGUUCCAAAGAAGUAAUCAGCCAUGCAUUCUUGCUUUCAGAAUUUCUUACGAAGAUCACUUUUAUGGCUACAUGUGUAUGUUUCAGAAUAUAUUUCAUACUAUUAAACUAUUUAUGCAAUACUGUAAUAAUACUUCAUUUUAAGGUUUU